GUGAAGCCAUUCAGCUUCCCGUCGGUCAGACUUGCAGCUCCAGCGCAGCACUAGCAUCAGCCACGCUAAAGAUCGUCACCAGAAAUCGCCACUUUUAAUUUUUUUCGAUCCGAUUCUGCAGCAGUCUUUGAUCUGUGAAAAUGGACUUGGUGUCUGGUUACAAGGGUGUUGUUGGGCUUGUUUUUGGCAACGAGAAUUCUCCUUCAAAUGAAGAUAGCUACAUUGAACGAUUGCUUGACCGGAUCAGCAAUGGUAAGCUGGCAGAAGAUAGGAGAAAUGCUAUUACCGAGCUCCAGCUCAUUGUAUCAGAGAGUCAUUCUGCACAGCUAGCAUUUGGAGCAAUGGGUUUUCCUGUCAUGCUAGGGGUCUUAAAGGAAGAGAGAGAUGAUAUUGAAAUGGUUCGAGGUGCCCUUGAAACUCUUGUAACUGCGUUGACGCCUAUUAAUCAUGUAAAAGGAUCAGCUAAUGAAGUUCAGCCAGCUUUGAUGAACGGUGAUUUGCUUUCCAGAGAAGCAGAAAGCAUUUCCCUUCUUAUAAGUUUGUUGGCAGAGGAUGAUUUUUAUGUAAGAUAUUACACGCUGCAACUUUUGACUGCCCUGCUGACUAACUUCCCGCAAAGGUUACAGGAAGCUAUAUUGACUAUUCCUCGAGGUAUCACUCGGUUAAUGGAUAUGCUUAUGGAUCGUGAGGUAAUACGUAAUGAAGCCUUAUUACUCCUUACUCACCUGAUCCGUGAAGCUGAGGAGAUUCAAAAGAUUGUUGUCUUUGAAGGCGCAUUUGAGAAGAUUUUCAGUAUUAUAAAAGAGGAGGGGUGUUCAGAUGGUGGUGUUGUUGUACAGGAUUGUCUUGAAUUGUUGAACAAUUUGCUUCGUAACAAUGGCUCCAAUCAGAUACUACUAAGAGAAACUGUAGGACUCGAUUCUUUGAUAUCAAUUUUGAAGCUUCGAGGAAGUAAUUUCACUCAACAGAAGACAAUCAAUUUACUCAGUGCGUUGGAGACCAUUAAGCUGUUGAUAAUGGGAGGUUCUGAGGCUGAUCCUGGGAAAGAUUUGAAUAAACAGGCGAAUAAGACAACUCUAGUUCAGAAAAAGGUAUUGGACUAUUUAUUAAUGUUAGGUGUUGAAAACCAGUGGGCACCUGUUGCUGUUCGCUGUGAGGCAAUGCGGUGUAUUGGUGAUCUGAUUGCUGGAGAUUCAAAGAACCUUGAUGCUCUUGGGAGCAAAUUUCUUGGAGAGGAGCCACAAGUAGAACCUGCUCUGAACUCAAUACUAAGAAUCAUAUUGCGGACUUCUAGCAUGCAAGAGUUCGUUGCAGCUGAUUAUGUUUUCAAAAGCUUUUGUGAGAAAAAUGCUGACGGCCAAUCAAUGCUGGCAUCCACGCUAAUUCCACAGCCAUACCCUAUGAAUCGUGCUCCCCUUGAGGAGGAUGUCAACAUGUCUUUUGGAAGCAUGCUACUACAUGGUCUUACUUGGGGUGAAACUGAUGGUGAUCUUGAGAUUUGUAGCAGAGCUGCCAGUGUUCUAUCCCAUGUAUUGAAGGACAAUCUCCAGUGCAAGGAAAGGGUUUUACAAAUUGAAAUUGAGGCACCCGUGCCAUCUUUAGGAGGUCCAGAGCCAUUAAUGCAUCGGAUGGUGAAGUAUUUGGCCCUUGCUUCUUCCAUGAAAAGCAAGGAUGGAAAGUCUAGUGCGUCAGGAAACUCAUAUGUUGAAGCAAUAAUCUUGAAAUUACUGGUUACCUGGCUAGCAGAUUGCCCUAAUGCAGUGCAUUGCUUCCUAGAUGCCCGCCCCCACCUUACUUAUCUUCUUGAGUUGGUAUCAAGUUCAUCCACAACAGUGUGCAUAAGGGGUUUGGCAGCAGUUGUCUUGGGUGAAUGUGUGAUCUACAACAAGUCUAGUGAGAGUGGAAAGGAUGCAUUUGCUAUAGUUGAUGCUGUGAGCCAGAAAGUUGGCCUUAGUUCAUACUUUGUGAAGUUUGAUGAAAUGCAGAAAAGUUUAAUCUUUAUCAAUGCAGGGUCUGGCCUGACUCGUAAAGCAUUCACUAGAUCAUCUGCUGCUAGCAUGGCUGAUAUUCAAGAUGUAGAUGAGAAUGAUUUGUCUGAACAGGGGAAUCUUGAUCAUCCAAUUCUCUCCUCAGUCUUGGAUUCAUACUUCGUGAAACUCGUCAAAAGACUGGAAACAGAUAUUAGAGAUCAGAUUGUGGAGGUAUACAGUCAUCCAAAAAUCAAUGUGGCAGUGGUUCCAGCAGAAUUGGAGCAGAAAACCAGUGAAAGUGACGGUGACUAUAUAAAGCGGCUUAAAGCUUUUGUUGAGAAGCAGUGCUCUGAAAUUCAGAACCUUCUUGGUCGGAAUGCAACUUUGGCUGAGGACCUGGCUAAGACAGGUGGAGGUCAUAAUUCCCUGUCAGAGCAAAGAGUGAGUGGGGGCUCGGAUAGAGUCCAACUAGAAACACUCCGUAGAGAUCUACAGGAGUCAUCUCAAAGGAUAGAGAUCCUUAAAGCGGAAAAGGCCAAAGUUGAAUCUGAGGCAGUCAUGUAUCGUAACUUAGCCGGAAAGAUCGAAUCUGAUCUGAGGAGUCUGUCUGAUGCAUACAAUAGCCUUGAGCAGUCGAAUAUCCAACUGGAGAAGGAGGUGAAAGCCCUGAAGAGCGGUGGAUCAUCAACGUUCCCUGAUGUGGAGGCCAUAAGAGCUGAAGCAAGGGAAGAGGCGCAGAAGGAGAGUGAAGGUGAACUGAAUGAUCUGCUUGUGUGCCUAGGGCAAGAACAGAGCAAGGUGGAUAAGCUUAGCGCUAGAUUGCUGGAGUUGGGGGAGGAUGUUGACAAAUUGCUUGAAGGCAUUGGAGAUGAUGCCGGUGAUGCCCAGGAUGCCAAUGAUGAAGACACUGAUUAGUGUACCACCAUUAGCAGCCCUCGUGUGGCUCAGUUUGUACAUUUCAUGCUGAAUUGUACAGUAAUACUCCUUGGUUGAAAUUCAAGUUGUGCUUCCUAUUUAUGCCACUUUUUCUAAUCAGGGUGACUUGCCAUUUAUUUAUGGUAUCCAGGUCA